AUGGUGGACGGCAGUGAGCGGCAUGAGCUGAUAGAGGAUGAGAGGAGUUGGGUUACUGGGCAUCUGCAGACGGGGACUGAAAUGAUGGUGUAUCAGCUGAGGGCUGAAAGACUCACUGUCCAGGUCAUUAUGGAGAGCAUGCAGGUGGCCUUGAUACGCUCUGACGACAGGAUAGUCAGAGUGUUGGACAUUUUUGAGUUCAAGGAGGUUCGCAAGUGGGAGACUUUCAAAGAUUUCCAGCGAUUUAAUGAGAGCAGGGGCAGUAAAUUUCGACGAAUCUUUUGCCAAUCUGAAAAAGAGCUCCAGCAGGACAACAAAACCUGUUUCACCAUUUUCUAUGGAUCAGAGUUUAUUUUAAAAUCGCUGAGUCUAAAAGCUGAUUCAGUGGAGGAUGCAGAGAAAUGGCUGACAGGACUAGAGUUACUCAGACAAGAGACACUGACGGCUCACACACCAGAGAUUAUAGAGAGUUGGCUGAGGAAGCAGAUGUACUCGGUUGAUCAAUCAAAGAAAAACAGCAUCACCCUGAAAGAGCUCAAGUCUCUUUUGCCACAGAUGAACUUCACUGUACCAGGUGGACAUUUUCUGGAGGACAGAUUUGUGGAGGUGGAAGCAAAAGAUUAUUGCCUGGAUAUUCAGCAGUUUCACAAAUUCUACAAUUUUUUAAUAUUUGAAAACCAGAAGAUGUUGCUAGAAGAGUUUGAAAAGGGGCCUGCAGCUUUCAUAAUAAGUAAUACUGAUAGUCCUGAAUCUUCUAUAGUUCCCCUCUAUGAUUUUCAAAACUUUCUUUUAUAUCGACAGAAGGAGGCCUGGGCCAAAAAUUUGAACCGGGUUCAGGAGUUGAUGACCAUUUUCAUCGAUGACACCAUGAGGAAGACCAACGAUCCAACGCUUACUGUUGGAGAGUUCCUCAGUUUUCUCUUCUCCAAAGAGAACUCGAUUUGGGAUGAGAAGUUCUCUGAGAUUUGCCCACUGGACAUGAACAAUCCUCUGUCACACUACUGGAUCAACUCUUCUCACAACACAUAUUUGACUGGAGAUCAACUGCGCAGUGAGUCCUCAACAGAAGCUUAUGUGCGCUGCCUGAGGCUGGGUUGCCGCUGUAUUGAAUUGGACUGCUGGAAUGGUCCAGAAGAACCUGUCAUAUACCAUGGAAGGACCAUGACCUCCAAGAUAAAGUUUAAGGAUGUGGUGAAGGCCAUCAAUGAUCAUGCUUUUAUAACAUCUGAGUAUCCUGUGGUGCUGUCCAUAGAAGAACACUGUGACAUCAAGCAGCAGAAAAUGAUGGCUCAGAUGUUACGAGAUGUUUUCCAAGAUAAGCUCCUGACUGAGCCGCUGGAACCAGAAGCAGAUGAUCUACCCUCACCAAACCAGCUGAAAGGCAAGAUCAUCAUCAAGCACCAGAAAAUAAAAGAGAGCAAUCACACUGUUAAGCUGGAGGAAGAAAGGGGAAACACAACUGUGAAAAGAAAAUUAGACAGCUUCAAGAAAAUUGGAAACACUUACAGGGAGAAGAUAAGAAAAGCUAAAGAAAACCGUGUUGUGGAGAAGGAAGGAGAGCUUUGCAUAUGGGAUCCAAUAGAUAAGAGGUUUUACAGGCAUGACUGUGUGAUCUCAGAUAAUAAGCUAUACUAUUCUGAAGAGAAGUUGGAGGAAGACAGUCCUGAGGUAAAGGACGGCUCAGAGCUGCACCUGUCAGAGCCCUGGUUUCAUGGACCGUUGGCUGAGGGCAGAAUAACCGCUGAAAAACUCUUGCGUGAUUUCUGCAAAGGGAGGGAUGAAAAAGAUGGAACCUUCCUGGUCCGAGAGAGUGAAACAUUCAUCAGAAUCUACAAUAUCUCCCUCUGGACGAGCGAGAGAAUUCAGCACUACAGAAUUUUCUGUUCCUCAGAAAAUGGUCAAUGGUACUUCUACUUGACAAGCAAGCAGCGCUUUCCUAGUAUGUGUGCCUUGAUCAAGUAUUACACACGUAAUCUGAUCAAGUAUGAUAGAUUCAAUCUGCGCCUCAACGGUUUCCUGCCUCGCCUCAAUUUUGUGCCUUACCACCAAAUAGGGUGGUUUUACAGUAACCUGAGUCAAGCCGAAGCAGAAGACUAUCUUCUGAGGAUCCCUCGAGAUGGAGCCUUCCUCGUCAGACAAAGAGAAGAGCCUGACACCUUUACCCUUUCCAUCAGAGUUGACGGGGAUGUCGAACAUUAUCUGAUUUACAAAUACAACAGCAAGUAUGUGUUGGCAGACGCCUACGAGUUUGGUAGCCUUGAGGACCUGGUUAGCUGUUUUCGUGACGAGCUUUUCUACGGCAAGACAAAACUACGCUACCCUGUAACACCACAGUUAGUGGAGCGCUUCUGUAUGGUGGAUAUCUCAACAUGUGACAGCGAACAGUACAGUGAGGUUGCUAAAGACAAUCCUUUAGGCGACCAGUGUAAAGGUGUGGUGGACAUCUCAAAGUGUACUGUUGCAUGCAAAGCCAAGCAUGCCAGGCCCCUCGUGGUGACCCUUUUGAAUAGGGAGAAUUUGAAGCUAAUUGAGUUCACGUGUGAGAUCGUGGAGCAGGUGGACCAAUGGUACCAAGUGCUUCUGAACAUCAUCCAAAACGAGCAGAGUUUGGGGAAAGCGAGAAGAGCAGAAAUGGAGUCAAAAACCAAUAUAGCUGUUGAGAUUUCAGACAUGGUGGUAUACUGCCAAUCUAUCAAGAAAAAGACUUUUGAAAAUUACAACUACAAAGAGGUGCGUUCCGUUCCGGAUAACAUGGUUCCAAAAGAGGGGAAUGAAACCGCUGUGGAGAAGUCAGACAUUAUUCUGGAGUAUAACCGCAAAGCGCUGACCCGUGUGUAUCCCUGCAGUGGGCGAGUUGAUUCCUCUAACUUUGACCCUUGUCCUUCAUGGAAACUAGGCUGCCAAAUGGUGGCUCUCAACUUCCAAACUGCUGAUAAAUUCAUGCAGCUAAACAAUGCUCUCUUCAGUCUGAAUGGAGGCACGGGUUACGUGCUUAAACCAGAGUGGAUGCGAGAUCCAACCAAGAAGAAGCCUGCUAAACAAACCAUCAGAAUCAGAGUGAUGGCAGCCAGGCAUCUGCCCAAUCCAGACCACAUCGUCAGUCCUUUUGUGCAGGUUGAGCUGUGGCCAUACACAGGAGCUCAAGUAGACAACUGCAGUUUCAAGACUACCCUCUUCAAGGACAACGGACUGAAUCCAGUGUGGCUGGGUCAAAUGAAUCCACCCAAAUGCUUUAAAGUAGAUGAGCCAGACCUGGCCUUCCUGCGCUUUGUGGUUUUUGAGGAGGACACAUUCUCUGAUGCGAAGUUUCUUGCACAGGCCACUUUUCCUAUUAGAGGUAUUCGUCAAGGGUAUCGGUCUGUCCUGCUGAAGAACAGGUUUAGUGAAAACCUGGAGGUUUCAUCUCUUCUGGUGCAUGCAGAGCAGGUGGAGGUGAGGGACCUUGUUUUUUGUUUUUUUUUGAUUAAUGUACAUUAACCUUGAGACUGCUGAUAUGAAAGCAGUAACACCACCAAAAACAAAUAAAAGCCCAAUUUAAAAUAUUACUAUUUUCCUCAUUCCAGUCAGUAAUGAAAAAUCUUUGUGUACAGGUGUAAACAGCCUUAACCACA